AUGGCUACCCUUGUCACUAUCGGUCCUCAACUCCUCGGCUGCGAGGGAACGAUACUCCCCAAGGGGUUUUCAGCAGCUGUUCAACGCCAACCGAAUACGGACGAGAUAUGGCCCGCAAUUUCAUCGCCUUCAGAGUGCCACUCUGAAGGCGGAAUGAACUUUGAAUUUAUCGACCUGUACCCGGAAAAGUCCAUCCAGUCGCCACAGUCUGUCGCUUCGAUUGGCCCUCCGCACUACAGCACGACAGUGCAGCUUUUCAACUUCCAUAAAACAACAAACCUGCCUUCUGAGUCAAAGACAAGCGCGAAGACAGAAGCAGACUCUGAGGUGAAAGCAGAAAACGCGAAUCCUGACAUACUUCCCGUCGACUUCUCAAUGUCGAAUCUUUACGGUCUAGGCGAGGUCCUCUCGAAGAGCACCCUAGGUCCGCAAAAGGCGGAGAUGGUAAAGACUGUGGAGAACCUCCGUCGCGUUUUCUACGAAAACUCGUCAUGCUUUUCGGACAGUGACACCAGCGGGCCGAUGCAGUCUUUCUCCCAUAGCGACGCGGAUCUUUUGCGCUACAGCGAAGCGUGCUUCGAAGACAGGUGUCUCGUUGGCACCUUCUUGACCCGUCAUGCAGUCGAUGAAGUGAUCCAGAUGUCCAAAGUUCCUGGAGCUGAUAAACUCGCCACUGUCUUCACCGAUGCCAUUAUGGCGAUCGGUUGCUACAUCAAAUGCUUUCGCGACCGGCUGGCACCUGACUCUGAAGCAAGACGAAAUGCCCAAAGACGCCUCAUAUACCUACUAGGGCUUUACGGGACCAUAAAGAACUCUCCGAGCAGCCUGAUGAAACUUCAAGCCAGCAACUGUUUCCUGACAAAGAGAAACAAGACCUCGCGCAGCGAAGCGUGUGGCUCCUAUACAGCCUAG